AUGCCAAGACCGGGAAAAAAUUCUUACGAUGAUCAGAAGCCUCCAUAUUCUUAUAUUUGGCUAACCUACAUGGCGAUUCAGAAUUCAGAAGAAAAAAUGCUACCACUAACUGAAAUUUACAAAUAUAUUAUGGACAAAUUUCCAUUCUAUCGUAAAAAUACCCAACGGUGGCAGAAUUCACUCAGACACAAUUUGUCAUUCAAUGAUUGUUUUGUUAAGAUACCGCGACGACCAGACAGACCCGGCAAGGGAUCAUACUGGGCAGUUCAUCCAAAUGCUUUAGGCAUGUUUGAAAAUGGUAGCUGCUUGAGACGAAGAAAAAGGUUCAAGGUAUAUUUUCACGUUCAAUCGUAUGGAACCAGUGUUGAUUCACAAAAUCCUUUACCAAAGUUAGCUUACCAUCAGCAUACGUGUUCUCCACUUCAGUGGUUGUUUCCGAAUCCAUCACCACCAUCCGUAAUUCCAAGAGGACUGGUAGAUCCGCAACAAUUUCUCAUUACAACUCACAGCCUCUUAUUGUUACCUACCAUAAAUCAAGCACAGUCCAAUUUAUCUAGCAUAGAAACUACAAAGUCUGCUUGUAAUUCAUUUACUAUUGAUUCCAUAUUAUCGUCAUCAACAUGA